AUUGAAUCGAACCGCGCUGCUGAACUAUCCUUUUCCCCACCUCAAGGAUAGAACAUUUGUUCGCAAGGAGCACAAUCCCUCUAAAGCAGGUUGAAUAUCCCGGAGCGAAGUGUAGGAGACUGGGUCUCUCGUGAGGCAACCCGCGCUAUAGAAAGCAGGUACCGGUCAUCUAGGGUCGCUAUGGAUCAUUCACAGAAGGUAGCGGUGAAUCGGUCCAUCCUCAAUGCUUGCUUCUCAUCUUGCGUUGGUAUCUCCCUGGCCUGGGGCUGGGCAAAUGGCACACUUCAGGAAUCGUUGCCAAUCCCGCCAGCCCUUGCAGGUACUCCGCAACGGAGGCGUAAGGUGCGUGAAGUGCUUGAGCGAGACUUUCUUCUCAAGCUCGACGGGGCUCAGCCGCCGAAUUGGUGGACUAUGGUCACCGCAGCUUUCAGUCAUCAGCGACUGAAUCACCUGCUUGGGAAUCUUUCAGGCUUCGAGAUAUUCUCCGAGGCUCUGAUUUCGAUGGGCAUGACACCAGUCCAUUACCUUGGCCUCAUAUUUGGAAGUGCCAUCUUUGCCAAUGUUAGUUUCUGGCGGCUGCGGAAGGCCAGUUCGCGCCGUCGCAUCAGUUCUGCAUAUGCCCUUGGCCUCUCUGGAGUCGUGAGUGCCCUCGGCGCAGCGGCAGCAUGUGCGAUCCCAAAUGCUCCCACGAGGAUACUCAGAUUCCAAAAAGGAGUGCCUUUGUGGGUUGUGCUCGCCGGUUACACUCUCUACGACACCUUGAUGCUUGGCAAUGUCAAUUCAACAACGGGUCACGCAGCACAUCUUGCAGGAUCACUGUUUGGAGUUCUGUACUACUACUUUGUUCUUAGUGGUAACCUCCCCCUUAUACGCCGGUUUCGCAGACCGACCAGAUCAGCCUCGACGCCAUCUAUUCUGGCUCUAUCUAGAGCCUGACAGUCACCUCGCACGGACCAAAAGACAUGGGAGGGCAGACGACUAGACAGUGCACCCCGGGGGAUAUUAUUGUCAACAUCUAUGUAGAGAAAGGCGAAUAUUUGGCUCUCGAUGAUCAGCUGUCCAUAGCGUUUGGGUAUAAAAUGCGGGGAGU